UGUGUUAACAGUGAAUAUAUUUAUUUUCGUGAAUACUUAUUGAUAUUUAAUUUGUGUUUUCUGUUUAAAGUGAUUUUUUGUUUGUAACAAUGGGUGAAUCUACACCGAUAUGUCGUUGCAGAGUAUUAUAUCUAGGAAGUGCAGUGCCUAGACAAAGCAAGGAUGGAUUACAAGGUAUUCAAGAACCUUUACGUAGUCUUUACCCAUCCGAAGGCGCGGCCGGUGCCCGCGGUAUAGAUUCUUGGCUUAGUGUGUGGUCUAAUGGUAUCUUAUUGGAAAACGUCGAUGAAAACCGGAAACAAGUCACUAGAUUUUUUCCCAUUGACUCAUUGCAUUAUUGCGCUGCGGUCCGUCAUGUUUUGAUUCCUGAAAGAUCUCGAUCGGACCCAGAACCAAAAUUUUUGCCAUUGGAUUCUCCGUUUGCUAAGGCACCAUCCCGCGCUAAACAUCCGCCGCUCUUCGCUGCUAUAUUACGAAGGACAAGCGGAAUCAAAGUAUUGGAAUGUCAUGCAUUUAUAUGCAAACGAGAGGCUGCUGCGAACGCAUUAGUUAGAUGUUGUUUUCAUGCUUACGCAGACAGUUCUUAUGCUAGACACCAAUCCGGAUCCAGUGACCGAAGCGUAUGCGAGACUCUAAAUGCACCAGUUGGUUGGGGUUCCAGAGCAGGCAGCACAACCACUUUAAACAACGUGGGAAGUAGGCCAAGUAACGAAGAAAAUAAUGUUGCGUACGAAAGCACAGCGGAAAUAGGUGCCGAAGACUCAGGAUCUCUAUAUAAUGGGAAUGAAAAUCAUAAAGUUUGGGGUGGAUCUGUAGAUAGCCUGGAUGACUUAGACGGCGAUAUAUAUAAUGGUGGAUCCACAUUGGGACGACCAGCAAGGGUAAGGCAAAUGUCCGGACCUGCACCACCACCACCUCCUCCACCGGUUAAGGAACUAAAAGAACAAGAGCGCAGGCGAAAACAGCAAAUGCAAGAACAAAUGCAGCAACAAGAACGCAGAAUGACAAUGUCUAGACCGAGGCCAGCGCCUGGACAGCAAAUGAUGCGCGGCCCACCGGUGGUGCUAUAUCAUGCUGCACCACCACCUCGUCAUUUCCACACAUUUUCACACCGAAGUAGAGUGCAACCACCUCCACUAAUUAUGCCGCCGCAACAAUUUAUACAGACCAGACCACAGUUUUCACCUCAACCGCAGCAGUAUCCUCAAUACGCGACGUUGCAAGCGCCAAAAUUAGCGAAGAAAAAACAGCGCAAUGGGAAAAACGGCAUCGGCAUGAAUCCACCGGCACCCAUGGCGCCUAUGGUCGCUCCUCUGUUCGCGUGCCCGCCGACUAUAGAUCGUUCAUUAGCGGCUGUCUCGAGAAAACUUGCGUUAUCGCAAGCUGAAGGCUUGGACAUGUUAGGUCAUCAAAAUGGCAUCACAGGAGGCGGUGCAGAAUCACCAAAUGGUACAGGCAUUUAUAGGCGCAAAGGUCAUAUUAACGAGCGUGCAUUUAGCUAUUCAAUCCGCCAAGAACACCGGAGCAGAAGUCAUGGUAGCUUAGCAUCAUUGCAGUUCACGCCUCAACAACAUGUAUCUCAAUAAUAGACAUAUCAGCGCUUCAUUAAAUUGAAUACUUAUACAUUACCGAUAGAAAACAGAUUAUUUGGUAUCGAACACGCAAAGAAUUCA